AUGGCAGAUAUUACAAAAAACGAAUAUAGCUUUUUGAAACUAUGUAAAAAAUAUUUUUCGUAUAAAUCAGCUAAAGAAAUAAAGUUAGAGAACUCCGAUCAAUCGGCAUAUUAUAUGCCAAUACAAACCAGUAUUCAACAAAUGUUGAAUAAGCCUGAUGUUUUAACUAUGUUAAUUAAGAAUGUUAAUGAAAAUGUUAAUCGUAAUACUAUUGAUACAGAUCUUAUGUUCAAUUAUCGCCAUGCAUUGGAUGCAAGACAGCAUGAAGUUUUGAAAAAUAAGCCUGAUGCAUUAUUAUUUCAGUUAUAUAUCGAUGAUAUAGGAUUAACAAAUCCAAUAGGUGCUAAGAGAGACACUCAAAAGAUUACAAUGGUGUACUUUCAAUUAGAAGAUCUACCUGAUACAAAAAAAGUUUUCGAUCCAAUAAUUGAAGAUCUUAAUGCUCUACAAUCGACUGGCAUUUUUAUUCCAACUCUUGGUUAUCAUUUGAAUUUUGCCUUUACCAUCUUGGCUGGGGAUCAUUUAGCUUCUAAUGAUAUCGGCGGUUUUCAAAAAAAUUUUAACACCGGCGAGUUCUGCCGACAUUGUCAUAUAAAUUAUGAUCAAAAACUUAUUCCUUUAAAUCAAAUUUCUCAUCCUCGUCGAAUCACAGAUCAACAUAAUUAUAUCGUUCAACAAGUUAUUGAUUUAGAUAAUAAUGCUGUAUUACAAGGUGUUGCUGGUAGAAGUCCAUUAGCAAACCUAAUAGGUUUUCAUGCUGUAAGAUCGCUACCAAAUGACCCUAUGCAUGACUUUCAUGAAGGUGUUUGUGGUCAAUUAUUAAUGGCUAUGCUGAAAGAAGCUUCAGCAAAAAGACUCCUUACUUAUGGUGAAAUCGAAAGUCGUUUGAUGUCAUUUGAAUAUGGAAUGAAUGAUAAAUCAAAUAAACCACCUAUUUUACGAAAAAAGCACUUAAACAAAGGGAAAGUUGUUGGUACAGCAUCACAAAAGAUGCUACUAUUUAAACUAUUCCCGAUAAUAUUUUAUGAUAUAAUUGAUCGGUUAGAAACCAAAGAGAUUUAUAUCUGUUUACGCGAAAUCAUAAGUCUUACAUUUGCUAGUCCUUUCCGAAAAUCGUGGCUUUCGUAUUUAAAAUUGUUAAGUAUUAAUUUUCAAUGUUUAAUGGUACAUUUAUUGCCACAUCUUGUGACAUGUAAAGUUCAUUUUAUCACAGAUUAUGCAAAACAGAUCGAAAUGAAUGGGCCAGCUAUUCGACAUUGGUGCAUGCGUUUCGAGUCGAAACACCAAGUUUUCAAACGACUUGCCGUUAAAUCGAAUAACUUUAAGAAUAUUCUAUAUACGUUAUCGAAACGUAAUCAAUUGCAACAAUGUCUUCUUUUAUCUUUCUCCAAUUAUUAUACAAUAAAAAACGAAGCCUAUUCAUUAUCAGAAAGAGAAUUCCAUACAUUAUCAGCUGAUAUCCGUGCAUUAUUACAGAAACAUGUAGGCUCUUGUGAUGGAGAAGACAUUGAUGGUGAAACACUUUUUAAUUUACCACAAUCUAUGAUGUACGAAAUAAUCAAACCUAUGAAAGAAUGGGUACGCUUUUUAGCUGAACAUCAUAACAAUUCUCAACAAUUGUUAGAGGAACGUAAUUUUAAUCAAGUUACAACACAGUCAACAGUCACGUUUUCAAAUAAUUAUCAAGAUGAUACUUCUGCAUUAGAUUCUUCGACGAAUUCAGAUGUUGUAAACGAAAAGAACAUCAUCGUAUCAAAAGUAGAUGAAAAUAAGGAAAAUAAUGAUGAUGAUGAUGAUGAAGAAUCAAGUUUUCCACAUAUCUAUGUUUUACCAGAUUUACCACUAAGAAUUAAACAAAUUAUAAGUAGAGGUGAAAUAAAUGAAUUUCGUGGUCAUACAAAUGCUCGCCGAUUGUUACUUGAUGCCAUUUUUACUGAUGUAACAAUUCAAUAUUCACUACUGUAUCCUGAUAAAAGUCAAUACAGAUCAAUGGCAAAAGCAAUACUCAAAAUAUUAAAUAUUCCGAACGACACUGGAACAUUGAACGAGUGGAUUGAAAGUCUUAAAGCUAAAUUUAAACGUGAACGUCGUCCACUUCAACAAAUAUCUGAACAAGUUCAAAAAAUGAAGGUCAGAUACGGAAAUGGUAAUGGUCGUCCAAUGAAGCGAACUGAUAAUGUUAUUGCACCUCGUCGAGAACUUACAGUUCAGUUUUGGAAUAAAAUAGAUAUGAACGAUGAUCCUGAAGAUGCAAAUCAGAAUAUUCAAUUUAUGAAGAGCGAAUUAGCAAAUCAAGUUAUUAAUUUCGAUAAUGUUAAAGUUUCAUGGAAAAAAACAUUGGUUCACAGAAGAAAUUUUAUUCAAAAUCACACAACAAAAGAAGUUCUUGAAGAAUACCCUGGUUAUACUAAUGGUUUACUGAUCUUUGAUGAGGUUCAAUAUGUAUGUAAUAUUGAUAUUGAAACAAAUUUUAAACGCAUUUUACCAAAAUUACUAGAUAGUAUUCCCGAUAAUUCAGGUUUUGUUAAUGAUCUUCCAGCUGUACGUUUGAUUAAGCUUUUGUCCAAACAUUUCACUGACUCGUGGCAACAUGUUAUAUCGAACAAAGAGCCAUUAUCUCCUCGUCCUACUAUACAAAUAACAACAGACAAAUUUAUCAUCUUCUUGGAUUACGAAGUUAUUACAGAAACAUCAUCGAUUGAUCAAGCGUUGUGCAUUAUCAUUUGCUUAUAUGUUAUAUUCGAACUACAAUUUGGGGCGCACAAUCGGAUAAUCCAUUUGCUUUACGGAAUAUUAUUGCAAGAAUCUGGAGCUUUGACCAAGCCGCGACGUCAUUUAUUACAUCAAUGGAGUUUUAUUAUUGAUAAGAAAGAAAAUAAAGGAAACACUCAAAUAACAACGACAACAUCGGCAAACAAUGAUACACGUGCAACUCCCAUGAACAAUAUGGUACCUGUCGAAGAAAUUCAAAUAUUUGAUGUACGUGAUAUAGAAGAACAAGAAAGUUUUACUGAAAAAUCAACUUAUAUUCGUCCAGUAUAUGAAGAACAGAAUGAUUUGUCUAUAUUGAGAUUGUCUGGCGAUAAUCAAAAUCCAAUAAAAACAACUGAAAAUGUCUGUGCCAAAGAAAUAAUCAAUCAGUUUUCGACAGAAACAUUUCAAUCGUCCACCCCAUCAUCACCAAUUAAUGUUCCAUUAAUAAUUCACAUUUCAACAUCACCAGGAGAAGAAGAAGAAAAAGAAGAAAAGAUAACAUCGCAUUCACCACUUUCCGAGGUAAACACAUUAUACGUCGUGAAUACCAAACAUCAAAUAUCAUCAAAAUCAACUCAUUCAUCGUCAACUGUUUCAAAGAAAAGUGCACCUAUAACAAGAAAACGUCCGGCUACUACAGAAGAACCUAUAGCAUUACGUUUAAAACGUUCACGACUGAAAAAGUCAAAUUAA